AUGGCUAAGUCUAGAGGCAGAAACUUCUCAAAAGGGCCAAAAACUCAUGAGGACCAAUCCUCACCUGCGGCCCAAACCUCAGACUACAGCAGCUCUCGCACACAACAAGAUGAUUCCAUUAAUGGAAACCAGCCCAACACUUUUUUUGGAGUGCUAGCUACUGAGGAGCUCGAGUAUUUUAAACAAGCAGAAUCAACGUUGACAGUCGACACUUUCGAGACUCCUGAGGAAAAGGUCCAGUUCAUCAGUAGUGUUAUCGAGGAGACGAAAGGCAAAGAAUUAAAGCUGGCUACUUCGCAGAUUUGCUCAAAGCUCAUGGAACGACUCAUUCUCGCUGGUACAAACCAACAAUUGAAAGGAAUUUUCAAGAGCUUUUCGGGCUUCUUUUUCAACAUGGCUUGUCAUAAGUACUCCUCGCAUGUGUUGGAAACGCUUCUAGUGAGAAGUGCUGCAUUGGUGGAGAAAGAGCUCUUGACACCAAGCUUCGAAGAUGCUGCGCCUAUCGAGGAUGACGAUGAGGUGUUUGCACCUAUGGAGUCGUUGUUUUUGCACAUGCUGAAUGAAAUCACUCCAAGCGUAAGAGCCAUGCUCAACCACCGCUAUGCAUCCCACGUUCUUCGUCUUUUGAUUUUGAUCUUAUCUUCGAAAACUCUACCAGGCACUACUAUGAGUAAUUCCUCGCUGCGCUCGAAGAAAUCCAAAAUUGCCCGUAAGAUGAUCGAUAUCAAAGACAGUGAAGACUUCAAUAAGACUUACAAAACUCCGGACUCCUUCAAAAUUCAACUGCGAGACAUGCUUUCGUCUCUUUAUAAGUCCCUAACCAACGGCGUCGAGCUCGGUUCUGCCAAUUUCAAGAACAUCAGUCCUACGUACAUUGUCAAGGUAAGAGAGUUGUGCAUUGAUGCCGUAGCAUCUCCAGUUCUUCAACUCAUAAUUCAAGUUGAAGGUAUCUUCGAUAGGGAUCGUUCCUUUUGGCACUUCAUUUUCUCAUCAGAGGAGGAGAAAAGUUCGAAAGAAGAGGCAUUCGUUGAGUAUCUUCUUUCAGAUCCAGUUGGAUCGCACUUUCUAGAAAAUGUGAUCUCUUUCACUCGUGUCAAGUACACAGAGCGACUUUACAAGAUGUACAUGAAAGACCGUAUUUUGAAACUGAGUAAAAGAGAAUUGACGGGUGCUUUUGUUGUCCAGGCUCUACUAAAACAUUUGCGCUCUUCGGAUGUGAAGUCAAUCCUUAAUGAAAUUGUGCCAGAACUGAGUGUGAUCGUCAAUUCUAACAUGGAUCUUUGCAAUGGUGUGAUAGAUGCCAGUACUCAGCAAGACAAUUACAUGAAAGAAACGAUCGUCACACAGCUGCUGAAAAAGUACUAUCCUGAGGAGUCCGAAGACAAAAAUAUCCUCGAAAGCUGCCUUCUAUUGAGCUCUUCAACAUUAGGCAAUACAAGAGACGACUGGCCUACUGCCGAAGAGAGACGGAGGUCUUUGUUUCUUGAAAAAUUGAUAGAUUACGACGAUAAAUUUCUCGAAGCCACUAUUGAAAGUUUGCUGGCGCUUCCGGAACAAACACUACUCCAAAUGUGUUACCACGGUGUUUUUUCGCAUGUUGUGGAGCAUGUACUUCAAGUGAAACGUGUCGACAAAAUACAAAGGAAGCGUUUGCUGAAUGUUUUUUGCACAGAUGUCAUUAAUCUGUCUUGCAACGCUUAUGGCUCUCAUCUCGUCGAUAAGCUUUGGGAGUUUACAGCUCAGCUACCCAUGUACAAGGAAAGAAUAGCCACCAGUCUAACAGGAGAGUCCGAAAAAGUAAAGAAUAGCGUGUACGGAAGGCAAGCGUGGAAAAACUGGUCAUUGGACAAGUUCAUUAGAAAGAGAUUUGACUGGAAGCGUCUAGUAAAAGAUCAACUACAGGAGUUGUUUCCAGACGCACAGAAUUCAUUGCCAUCCCCUGCAAAUUUUAAGCGCCAACCGGAAGGGCGUUUUGAGCGCGGCGACAAGAGAGUAAAGAAGUGA